AGUGGAUGCUGCUUGCAGAAACUGAGUCGGACUUUGGAGCUCUGCCUUGGGCAUGCUACAUUACAUUUCUGACGUAAGCACCCGUCAAUGUCGUCCCGUCCGUCACUCGACCGACUUGCUGGCCGACACCCGACGAAAGAGGAACCGCACGCACGCAACUAGCCAGUCGAUUUAACAAGAUUGCCUCCGUCUUGUUCCUUGCAUUCCAACGCCGUCAGUAGUGUUGUGAGGAAACCGGCUGUGUGGUGUCUCGAAUAUCUUCCAACAAUCCGCUUGUCUUGCCUUCGACCUGCGACCCAAUCCCCAAAGAAAAUAUCCCAUCGUACUGGGGACCGAACCCCUUCCGUAUUCGACGUCCGCAACACGCCCGCCACCGACUCAUCCCACGACGUCGUUCCAUAUUGUACGACUGCCUGGUCUUAGGCUUCGCAGCGUGCACAGCUUGCGCCGUUCGACACCGGCGGCGUUGAAUCGCCCUACAGACGCCGACGCCGACAACACGAUCAAUCUUCUCUCGGGCCGGUAACUCGUGUAGAGAGAGAGAGACGUGCGAGGGACAGGGGUCACGCCGGGAGAAACCCGCAAUCGUCAAUCAUCCAGGGAUCCUACGCCGCCUCAUUUACGUCACCAGCACUUCGCGCUGCAUAGCACAGCCGCCGCCAUCAUGUUCUGUCUUCGAAGCUGGCUCCCCCUUCUCUUUAUCCCGACGAACGCCUCGCCCGCCUUCAUCUUCCUCUUCUUCAUCUGCACAUACUUCCUCAACCGACCCUGCGUCUAUUGCAGCUUCCUCCUGCUGAUUCUCUUCCUCACCUCCUGUAACUGGUCGGACCGCUGCUUCUUCGACUUCAGCAGUAACUGGUUCCAACCCCGCCCUCCUACCGCCUCGCAGCUGCCCGACUUCGACCCCAGCACCAGCUUCAAUGCUACCGUCAUAGACGUGAUCAACUCGACCGCCAGCGCGUUGGCCGGUGCUGCCGCCGAGGAGCUUGCGAAGCAGAGGCAGGAGUGGACAGGACUGGGCAUUGAGUGGUUGCGCAGCCUCCUCGGCCGGAGAGAAUGGCGCGUCGAGUGCCUGGACAUCAAUAUUCGACUAUGAUCUUUGAAGCCUUUGAAGGGCGGGCCUGCGCGCGCAUGUGGAUGGACGAAUACUUAUGAGUGACGAUCAUAUUCGCGAUCGGGAAGGGCACACGGUAUGGACGGUAAUGGGGUGAGAAGUUCGAUGGGUGGUAUACUGCAGGAAAGAAAAGGAAGGUUCUUGGGUGCAUUCCACGGCGUUGGUCUUUGCGGUACGUUGAUUACGCGAGAUAGAGCGGGAAAUGGACUAGCUUCCCUGGAGAGCAUGUGGUUCGUUAACGAACAGUCCAACCGGUGAUGAGCACUCAAACUUUCGAGCGACUUGAGAGUCCGCCCGGUGCUCCUAGCAGCCUUUUUGCAAUAUGAAGGUCUACGAUGGCAUCAUUGGUGAAGAUUCGAGCUCUGGGGUAAAAGGAUUGAUCGGACGGUAACAGGCAGGAGAUGGCGAGCGGAAUCCAGAUGAAGCGCUUUGCGUCAAAGGGAAUAGCUGCAGUCGCAGGGAGAAAAACUCAGCCUGGUUCUCGGGACGGGACCUCGUCUCCGAUGGUAUGACCGUUCGCGUUCUCGCUGUGACCAUGGCUUCUGUUUCCCUUUUGCAUAGUAAAGACGCCGAGGCCGCAACCAGUGGCGUUGCUUGUCAGACUCGCGUUCUCUACCGCGUUCCUGUCGUGCUUGUUUGCCC